CUAACCGAUACAAGCAAAAGGACGCUACAUUUCGGCCACAUAGCAAUAGCACAGCUCGCCGACCAGUUCACACACCCGCGAGAACUAUGGAGCCGCGCUCAGCCCCAAAGUGCAUAGCCUUCUUCUUCCUCCCUCUCCUCGCCUGCGUGCAUUACGCUCAGGCACACCCUGGUCGUCCCUCCAUCGACUCCAUCUUCAGCUUCGGCAACUCGUACGCCGACACCGGCAACUUUGUGAAGCUCGCCGCCCCGGUGUUCCCGGUCAUCCCCUUCAACAACCUCCCCUACGGCGAGACCUUCUUCGGUCGCCCCACCGGCCGAGCCUCCAAUGGCCGCAUCACCAUGGACUUCAUCGCCAGUGAGUUCGGGCUCCCUUUCGUCCCCCCGAUUCUCGGCAAAGAGCGUAACUUCACCCGUGGAGCAAACUUCGCCGUCGUCGGCGCCACGGCGCUGGAUCUCGCCUACUACCUGGAGAACAACAUCACGAGCGUGCCCCCUUUCAACAGCUCCUUGAGCGUGCAGCUCGACUGGUUCCGGCAGCUAAAGCCCACUUUGUGCUCAACGCCACGAGCAUGCAGGAACUACUUCAAGAGAUCGCUCUUCUUCAUGGGAGAGUUCGGAGGGAACGACUACACCUUCCUCAUGGCCGCCGGGAAAACCUUCGGCGAGGUCGCGCCGUACGUUCCAAAGGUCGUGCGAUCCAUCUCAGCAGGCGUCGAGGCGGUGCUCAAGGAGGGAGCGAGGUACGUGGUGGUGCCGGGGCAGCUGCCGACGGGGUGCAUCCCCAUCGUACUGACGCUGUACGCGAGCCCCAACAAGCGGCACUACGACCGCCGGACCGGGUGCCUGAGGAAGUACAACGCGCUCGCGCGCUACCACAACGGGGUGCUGUUCGAGGCCGUGUACCGGCUCCGGAUCAAGUACCCCGCCGCCAAGAUCGUCUACGCCGACUACUACGCGCCGCUCAUCGACUUCCUCAAGAAACCGAAAAAAUUCGGGUUCAGUGCUUCGUCGAAGCUCCGGGUGUGCUGUGGCGCCGGCGGGCCGUACAACUACAACAUGACGGCGGCGUGCGGGUUUCCCGGCGUGAGCGCCUGCACUAACCCCGCGGCGCACAUCAACUGGGACGGCAUCCACCUGACGGAGCCGGCGUACGAGCGCAUCGCCGACGGUUGGCUCUGGGGCCCGUACGGGCACCCGCCCAUUCUCAAGGCCACGCGUCAGUAAGCAAACGUGUCGUGUAUCGGUGUAUGGGAGUAUCGACGCCUGCAUCGUUCAGUUCUGUUUCGUUAAUCCACCGUUCAGCUCUGUUCAUCGUUUUGUGAUGAACAAUCUAUUUUUUCCCCAUUUGUUUGAGAAUAUGAACAAUCCUAUCAUUAUGCAGUUUAUGCUAAACUGCUUGUGUAAAUAAAGACGGCCCACAUGAAGCACAA